AGCUGGCCGUUUCAUUUAUGUAGAUUCCACACAUUCUACUGGCCGCCUUAUCUUUUGAUGACACACAAAAGACUAGCGUAGCUCGUAUGAAGUGAAGUCGCUGCCUUUUUGAAGAGUGAGAGAGCAAGAGUUUGGAGUGGCGUGAGGAUUGCGAGUUACAGCUGCCUGUUUCAUGGGAUUUUGGACCCCUAUUCUCUCUAAUUAUUAACAGUAAGAAGUUAUCAGCAUAUUAAAGCAAGGAAAUCAUUCAAUAUCAAAGCAUACAAAGAGGCCAUAUCAGCAUAAAAGGCAAUAGUUAAGUUCCAGGUGUGAUUGCUGUAUAUAUUUGAAGCUUUAUUUGCAACUGAAAGAGGAUUAUUCAUCACAUACAGUGCUGUAGCAGUCUGCAAUUAAAAAGAUGAAGACAUGAAUGGAAAAUAAGGGAAUUCUAUUUACCAGUUUGGAGGGUACAUAUAAAUACAACAAAUCUAGAAGUUUCAUUACCAGCUACUCUGCCCACAUAUAAUCAUUCAAACCACCUUGGCUUUGCAUAUUGGGUAUUAAUACAGAAGAAAAAAACUCAAUAUAUGGAGGAUAUAAGAGCAAGCGAGGUAGCUGGGUUUUGUGUGGGAGGAUUGCUUCUUGUUGUGGCACUGGCUGUACCUAAAGUAGAUUCCUUCAUCGCAAAUUCCCAACGCAGUUCUCUUGGCAUAUGUGAAAGAUGUGGCGGUUUGAAGGUAGUUUCUUGCUCGAAAUGCAAAGGAUUAGGUAAAGUAAACACAAGAAUGUUUAGCCUUAAUAACAAGGUUGCUUCUAAGCUAGGAGCUGGAAAGGAGGAUUCCUUUGCACCAUGUCAAAAUUGUGGAGCUAAAGGAUGUUUUAAUUGUCCCAAGUGUUCUAGAUGUUGAUUAAGAUCAUUAUUUGUACAUGGGAACUUAUUAAAUAACCAAAACCAUGCCAAUUAAUUUUUUCUCUUCAAUGGAGGAUUAAGUUCAGAGACAUUUAGAUCACAUGAAAUGUAUUAAACAACAUGUCUAUUGUUCUUGAGCAUGACUAAAAUGUGCAAUUAUAGUUA